CUAUCUAGUUGUUAGCAAUUCAUCUCACAAGCUACCGUGGUUACAAAGUUACAAGUGUCAGCCUUAAAAGUGAGAAUUGUAUGCCGUUCGAUGAAGACAUGGAGUUGUCUUCGUAUUCCAAUUUACAUAUUUAUCUUAAACAUGACAUAAAUUAAUCGAUUGAAAGUAAUGAUGCAUACUGGACGAAUGAUUUUUAAGAAACGUAUUUAUGAAUAAAUAAAUCAUUUUGAUGAUCAAUCAUAAGAUUCGUGUGAUGAUUGUCAAAGUAUUAGAUGGUUUAUCUUGGAUACCGAAAUUUCUUAUCAACAAAAUCCUGAUUUAUUGACACAGGCAAAAGGAAAAUAAAAAUGACGGAAAGUUUAAUAAAUGAAUGGCUAGUAGAUUGUGCAGAUGUGUCAUCGUCAGAGCUCCAUACUUUUGCCACUACUUUAUCACAAGACAAUGAAAUAGUCAGAGCGCUUUAUGUACUCUUGGAAGAACGUAGUAAAUAUAGUCAGUUAAUGGAUACAGUAUGCGAUCAGUUAUAUAAUUUUUAUCGCUCUCGAGAAACAGAAUUGCAAAGGUUCACCUUGCAAUUUUUGCCAACAUUAGUAUACAUUUACUUGAAUUCUGCAGCUCAUGGUGACAUUAAGAAUUGUCGGUCUGUAGAAACACUACUAAUUGGUUUGUAUAAUCUAGAAAUAGUGGAUAAAUCUGGGCAACAAAAAGCAAUUUCUUUUAGACUACCUUCACUUGCCAUGCUUUCCAUAUUUCAUGAGCCUGCAAGUUUGGCACCUGCUUCUUUAACUGAAAGUGCAGUACGCAGGUUUGAAGAAUGUAAUACGAAACUUGUUAGCUGGGGUCCACUGCAACAAGUUGAGACACUAAAUGCUCAAAAUAGAUUAAAAGUUAUGACUGCUCUUCUUUUUAUCUAUAAUCAACAACUCGGUUAUAUAAGUAAAUUUGCAUUAGAGCAAUUAUGCAAAGUUGCUACCAAACUUGUUACUCAAGGAUUUAUGAAGCCAGGACAUCAUCAACGAUCCUCGUAUGGAAGCGAGUCUAGUUUCGUUCCAAGACUUCUACCACGUAUACCUGUAUCAAGUCAAUUUCUCCUUGAAUUCUUGCAUGCUGUAUACUUUGCUAUGUAUAAUGACUGUUGGUAUUUAGGAACACAAGCAGUAGAUGAUAUUCAUAAUCGAGCAUGUUAUGAAACAUAUCCAGAUGUUAUGCUAGUCACAAAUGCUAUACGUAAUUCUGCCAGUACUGGACCAUCAGGACAACCUAAUGACGGGCCAAUUGGGAUUAGUGUUGCAUUAUCGCCAGCUACUGCAACCGCUACGGUAUCUAAAUCGAUGAUCACAAAUGCUUCGUUCCGGACCAAAAAGUUACCAGAUGAUAUACCAAUUCAAGAAACGAAGGAAGAUUCUGGAGGGGAAGGUAAAAGUAAUCUUGUAUCAAUCACAGAAGAAGAAUCGAUAGAACCAAAUAGAGGUGGUUCAAUAAGACAAUCGAAAGAUCAAAAGACUGCGUCCAAAAUCACGAAUUUCCCGGUACUUGGAAAAAAGCCGCGAGAAAAGGAUGGUAAAAUAGCUAAGAAUGCUCACGUUAGCGUUCCUGAAAAGGAAAAAAGACUUGGAUCUCAAGCGACUUCAAAGGAAAGUAUUAAAGGUAGUUCCUCUAUGUUAAAUAGUGAAUCAACAGAAAUCGAUGGAAAUGUUAAUGGGUGUUCAGUCAGGAAAAAGAAUAAUAGUGUAGAAAAUAAUUCAGUUACAGUAGACAAUGUUUCUUUGAUUGAUGGCGAACGUCUUGCGUUAGGCGGAGAGAUAGAUAACACUAAUAUGGAUACUUCUGUUACUUUAAGAACACAUAAUGAAAAUGAAUCGUUAACUUCGUCUAUCCAAGUCAGUUCUGUUUAAGUUAUACAGAUAGAUUUUUAGAAUGGAAAUGAAGAAAAGAGUAAUGGACCAUACAUUGAAUGACUGAAACAAAUUGUUGUUGUAGUUUCUUAUUUAAUUGUACAUACAUAUUCUUUCCUUAUUUUUAAGAACAUAUACACAGUAUAUAAUUGAAUUAAAUUAUUGAUUCUGUAACAGACCAAGAUUUAUUUAAUAUGCUAUUGUAUUUUGGAGCGAAUAUUAUUGUACAUAGUUGAUUCAAAAGUGGUCCAUUACUAUAUUGAUCUCCAUACUCUGUUUAAAAAAAAAGUUAAUAAAAUAGUAAUGGGGAAGGGAAUAAUAAGUUCACACUAAAUAUUUUUCUUUGUAUAUUAAAGGAUUCUGUUAUAAUCGUUCUUAUAAUAUGUCUGUUAAACCAUUCAAUAGAUUUAUAUUCGAAUAUUCUAGUA